CUCAGCUGUUACAACUUUAUUUAAAAGCACAGACCUUCUAUCAGAGGAAGAUUCUCACAUCACUGCAGCAGAUUAUUUUGUAACAGGAACCUUUUCAAAUAUUUGUGUCACUUUUACCACGUCAAACUUUCACAACAAACCCCAUAAAGUUCCUUUUCAGAAGAAACCAGAACAAGCUUUAACCAAAACAAGUCAAAACAGGAACCUGUGAGUCUUUGAUAAUUAUUUCAAGGAAUGAAAAAUACGCUUCAGUGUUGUUUGGUCAGAAUUAUGUUUUUAUUUUAUUGUUUGUAUUUUCAGAUGUAGUUGUACUGAAUGUUGCAAAUGUCCAAAGUAUAAACAUUAUUCUGUUUCUAUUAUGUUGUAAACGUGUGUGAAAUGGAGGAUGUGUCUCACAGAGCUCGUCAGUCUGUUGCUAAUGGAGAAACGUCUCCAACCCACUUGUAGUUCUACCUGCAUUGGUUUUACUUGACAUGACAUUAUUCACAGGACUGUGAGGACAUGACGUGAAGGAAAAUAAGGGACAAAUAACCCCAACCCCGCACUGACCCAGUGCAGGACGCUGCAUUUGAGGUUCUAAUACGGGACAACCCCGUAAUAAACGGGGCGGCUGCCAGCCCCACCUCGGGGGCAGUAAUAAACCCGGAGGUUUGAAUCUGACCCGCUGCUGAUGUCAGGAAAGUGAAACUUAGGGAAACAGAAACGGAGCCGCAGCGGCUCCGUAUAAGAGCGGAGGAGAUGCGGGUUCGUCAACAGACACGGACCCGAGAUGGGUGUUCAGGGCCUGGCCACUUUGUUGGAAAACUACGGGCAGAUCUACCGGGAGGUCCAGUUCAGGAAGAGCCGGCUGGUGAUCGACGGCUGCAACCUGCUGUACCUGAUGUACUUCAGCUCAGGUCUGGACGAGAAUCACGGGGGGGAGUACGCCGCCUUUGAGGAGCAGAUUGAGAAGUUUGUCUCGGCCCUCAGGGACUGCGGGAUCUCGCCAUACGUGGUACUGGAUGGAGGCACUGAUUCCACCGACAAGAAGCUUGAUACUCUGCUGGAAAGAGCUGAGAGUCGGAUCAAGAAAGCCCAUCAGGCAGCAGUGGAAGGGAGGAAGCAGCACAUCCUGCCACUGCUCACCAAGAUGGUGUUCAAACAGACCCUGGCCCGGCUGGAGGUGCCGGUGGCACAGUGCUAUGGAGAGGCCGACCAGCAGAUCGCCGCCCUGGCCAACGAGUGGAAGUGCCCGGUGCUAUCCAACGACAGCGACUUCUACAUCUUCGAUCUCCCUGUGGGGCUGCUGCCCAUCUCUCAUUUCAAGUGGGAGGCGGUGGAGCAGAGCGGCUCGCAGCGCUACAUCCCCUGUAAGAGCUACAAAACAUCCAGCUUCUGCAUCGUCUUCAACGUCCAGCCCGAGCUCCUGCCCACCUUAGCCGCCUUGGCCGGGAACGACUACGUGAAGCUGAAGAGGAUGGAGACGCCCAUCAACUGGGCUCAAUUUGCCACCGCAGGCAGUGAGACACAAAGCCGCCUGGAGGGGCUGCUCUGCUGGUUGAAGGGCUUCACGACGCCUGAGGAGGCGCUGGAGGCAGCGGUGGGGCUGAUGGGAGGACUGAACACGAAAAGAAAGGCAGAGGUGAAGAAAAGCUUGAAUCUGGGGAUGGAGGAGUACAAGCUGCCUCCCAGCUACCUCAGCAGGUUCUUCAUCCACGGGAUAGCACCCCCGCUCCCAGUGGUGGAAAAGGUGUUCUGUGCUGUCCUCCUGCAGGUGGCGGUUCCUAUCCCGGACUGGAUCCAGCUGCCUCUGUUGCAGGCCCGGCUGACCGCAGACGUCCUGGACGUGCUGCAGCUGCAGAGGAUGAGCCUCAGCGUCUGCGUGGAUCACAAAGACACGCCCACCGCUAACCUGACCUCCAGGCCGCUGCGUCAGGUGAUGUACGGGCUGCUGCUGGGCGGAGGAACGGCGCUGCAGGUGGAGGAGAGAGACAGAGAAGGCCUCCAGAUGAAAUUCAACCUGGUCCCACCGGUCUUCAGAGGAGUCACUCAGCGGCUGGUGCUCAACUCUCUGAAUAAGGCGGAGCUCUCCGAGCGUCUGCAGCUGCUGCUGGACACUCUGCAGGUGACCGAGGCGUGUCUGAGCCGCCUGCCGCCUCCGCUGCGCCUCCCGGUGGCCGUCAUCUGCUUCUGGUUGCAGAACGCUCGGCCUCGGCCAGACGAGAAGCUGCUGAAGGCGCUGCUGCUGGGGCUGAGCGUCGGAGAUCCUCUGAGACACACCGCAGCACUGCAGACUGAGGAUCACCGCUGCAAACGACAUCUGGACCUGACGGUGGUUCAUGCCUUCAACCAGUGGCAGGUCUGCAUGAAGGACAGCAUCCACCUGAACCAGCUGCUGGGCUUCCCUCUACCUGAACCUCAGGUGUCACGGUUGUAUCAGGGGGUGCUGGUCCACGAGCUGGUCCACAGGAUGAGGACUACAGGAAGACUGAAGGUGUUCCUGAAGAGUGACCGCUCCAGCGUGAGGCAGUACCGAACCAUGGUGACCGUCGUCCACCAGUUUCUUGCUCAGAGAGUGUCGACGCCCUCAGAGAGCCACAAUGAAGUGGCGGCCCCACGGCAGCGGCGGCCUCUGGACGACCUGACUGUCAACCUGCAGCAGCUGUUCCUGCAGUACGAUGACGAGGAGGCUGCGACUGAAAUCAACAGCGCCGUCAGAGUGCAGCAGGAGCUACAUCUGGACAAACUGGUGUCAGUGAAAACUCGGUACAGAACCAAGGAGAGAAACAACCGGAGUCACAACCUGGAAUUGGCCCGCAAGGAGGAGAGCAGGGGCUGGGACCUGCUCUGAGGACUGAGGGACAGUGUCUCUUCUACCAGCAGUUUCAUAAAGAAGUACAAACGGGACAGAAACAAACCAAAACAGGGAUCAGGGGCUAAAAAGAAUUUAAAUACUGGCACAUGUUCAAAUGAGGAAGCAGAUCCACCGGCUCUGUUCUGGAGAAACCAGCAAAGCUUCUCCAAUAAAAAAAGAACAUGUGGGAACAUGAAGCGUUUUAAAGAAGUUACAGUGCCAGGUACGAAAAACAGACUCGUCGUGUUCUUUGCACUCAUCUUUUCCGAGCAGUUAAAGGAAAACAUUUAUUUUAUUUUGGAUUAAUCUUGUGUUUUUUGUUUGUUCUCUUCUGGUUUUUACAUUUUAUUUUCUUUCCUGUUUUUCUGAUGAUUUAUCAUCAGCUGAACAUUCUGGUUUGGAAGUGUAUUUAUAUUUGCUUGUGUUCUAAUUAUAGCAGCACUUUUGUACGUGAAAAACAACACUGUUCACUUUUAAACAUUUUAAUCUUUUGUACAACUAAAGGACUAUUAGAUGUGACUACAGCUGUUUUCAAGUCAAGAAAGAAACUUUUUGUUUUAGAAUUUUCUCCACUAAUCAGCGAUGACUUUUAGUUAAACUUAUUUGCACUUAAUGAGAAAAUGGUAAUAUAAAAUUACAAGUAAGGAAAUGUUAAGUCUGUUGUUUUGUGGUGUCAAAUUAUUUUGAAUCUUAAUGUUCAACAAAUGAAUAAAUGUUGCUCUCUUGCUUUAACUGCC